CGGAAGCGGCGGCGCCCCUAGGGGAAGAUGGCGCCCUCGGGGCUGAAGGCGGUGGUGGGGGAAAGACUAGGGGGAGAAGUUACUGGGAGUUCAGAUGGAGGUGCUGCCCCGGACCCAAAAGGUUUUGUGGUGUGGUGGGCCCAGAGGACCCAGCAUUCUGAGCCUGGCCCUCACUUCCCUGCAGAAAUUUUGAGUGGAGUCAUUCGGAGCGUCAAGAAGGAUGGGGAGUGGAAGGUGCUCAUCAUGGACCACCCGAGCAUGCGCAUUUUGUCAUCCUGCUGUAAGAUGUCAGACAUCCUGGCUGAGGGCAUCACCAUUGUUGAGGACAUCAACAAACGGCGCGAACCCAUCCCCAGCCUGGAGGCCAUUUAUCUGCUGAGCCCCACGGAGAAGUCGGUGCAGGCCCUGAUUGCAGACUUCCGGGGGACACCGACCUUCACCUACAAAGCAGCACAUGUCUUCUUCACCGAUACCUGCCCGGAGCCCCUGUUCAGUGAGCUGGGCCGCUCCCGUCUGGCAAAGAUGGUGAAGACGCUGAAAGAGAUCCACCUUGCUUUCCUCCCAUAUGAGGCCCAGGUGUUCUCCCUGGAUGCGCCCCACAGCACCUACAACCUCUACUGCCCCUUCCGGGCAGGUGAACGGGCACGGCAGCUUGAGGUGCUGGCUCAACAAAUCGCCACCCUUUGCGCCACACUGCAAGAGUACCCAGCCAUCCGCUACCGCAAGGGCCCAGAGGAUACGGCCCAGCUGGCCCACGCUGUCCUAGCCAAGCUGAACGCCUUCAAGGCCGACACUCCCAGUCUGGGCGAGGGCCCUGAGAAAACUCGCUCACAGCUACUCAUCAUGGACCGAGCAGCUGAUCCCGUGUCUCCACUGCUGCAUGAACUCACUUUCCAGGCCAUGGCCUAUGACCUGCUGGCCAUCGAGCAGGACACGUACAGGUACGAGACCACUGGGCUCAGCGAGGCCCGGGAGAAGGCUGUGCUGCUGGAUGAGGACGACGACCUGUGGGUGGAGCUUCGGCACAUGCACAUCGCGGACGUGUCUAAGAAGGUCACAGAGCUCCUGAAGACAUUCUGUGAGAGCAAGAGGCUAACCACAGACAAGGCCAAUAUCAAAGACCUGUCCCAUAUCCUGAAAAAGAUGCCGCAGUAUCAGAAGGAGCUGAACAAGUAUUCUACGCAUCUGCAUUUAGCCGACGACUGCAUGAAGCGCUUCAAAGGUUGCGUGGAGAAGCUGUGCAGUGUGGAGCAGGACUUAGCCAUGGGCUCCGACGCAGAGGGUGAAAAGAUCAAGGACGCCAUGAAGCUGAUUGUGCCAGUGCUGCUGGACGCAGCAGUGCCAGCCUAUGACAAGAUCCGGGUUCUCUUGCUCUACAUCCUCCUGAGGAAUGGUGUGAGUGAGGAAAACCUGGCCAAGCUGAUCCAGCAUGCCAAUGUCCAGGCGCACAGCAGCCUCAUCCGGAACCUGGAGCAGCUGGGGGCCACUGUCACCAACCCGGGGGGCUCUGGGACCUCAAGCCGGCUGGAGCGGAGGGAGCGCUUGGAACCCACCUAUCAGCUGUCUCGAUGGACCCCGGUCGUCAAGGAUGUGAUGGAGGAUGCCGUGGAGGACCGGCUGGAUCGAAAGCUGUGGCCCUUUGUGUCUGACCCCGCCCCCAUGCCCAGUUCCCAGGCUGCUGUCAGCGCCCGCUUUGGCCACUGGCACAAGAACAAGGCCGGCGUGGAGGCACGAGCUGGGCCCCGGCUUAUCAUCUACAUUGUGGGAGGUGUGUCGAUGUCAGAGAUGAGGGCUGCCUACGAGGUGACCAGGGCCACUGAUGGCAAGUGGGAGGUGCUCAUUGGCUCCUCCCACAUCCUCACACCGACCCGCUUCCUGGAUGACCUCAAGAUGCUGGACCAGAAGCUGGAGGACAUUUCCCUGCCUUGACCCUCCCACCCCCAUCUGACCUGCCCCCCUCCCUUUUUGGAGAAAUAAACUCCUCCUUUUGAA